UUCGGCCUCUCCCCGCCCCCACCGCCCGCCUCACGCCGUCGUGUUUUACGCCAGUUCCGGUGGCACUUUGCCGUUCGGUGGGAGCGUUGUGGCCGGUUGAGUGUCAGCUUGUAAAAUGACGACGCUGCGUGCGUUUUGUUGUGAUGACCUUUUUCGGUUCAACAACAUAAAUUUGGAUCCACUUACAGAAACUUAUGGGAUCCCCUUCUAUCUACAGUAUUUGGCUCAUUGGCCAGAGUAUUUUAUUGUUGCUGAAGCACCUGGAGGAGAGUUGAUGGGAUACAUAAUGGGGAAAGCUGAAGGAUCAGUGGCAAGAGAGGAAUGGCAUGGACAUGUAACAGCAUUAUCUGUGGCUCCAGAAUUUAGACGUUUAGGACUAGCAGCUAAACUGAUGGAACUGCUGGAGGAGAUAUCUGAAAGAAAAGGUGGAUUCUUUGUGGAUCUAUUUGUACGAGUAUCCAAUCAAGUGGCUGUGAACAUGUACAAGCAGCUUGGCUACAGUGUCUACAGAACUGUGAUAGAAUACUAUUCAGCUAGCAAUGGAGAACCUGAUGAAAAUGCCUAUGAUAUGAGAAAAGCCUUAUCAAGAGAUAAAGAGAAGAAAUCAAUAAUACCUCUUCCUCAUCCAGUUAGGCCUGAAGACAUUGAAUAGCUUUAAGCUGUGGUUCUUGGGCAAUGUACAAUUUUAUGAGCACUGAAAAGAGAAUUAGGGAAUUUGAGGUUUUUUUUUGGAUAGUAAGUCUGCUUGUGUUUCAGUAGUGCAUGAGUAUGAAGUUAUCUUGAUAAUUUUAAGACCAUAAGAUAUAGGAGCAAAUUAGGGCAUUUGGCCCAUUGAGUCUGCUCCGCCAUUUCAUCAUGGCCUAUCCAUUUUUUUUGAGUCCUAGCAUUCUGCAUUUACCUUUGUAGGCCCCAAGAGCCACAGCUUUAUCAAGAAAUGUUUGUUAAUAUGGCCCUUGCAGCCAACAGCCUUGGAGAUACACUUGUAUGUAUGCAGAUUUCUUGUAUAUACUUAAUAAAGAUUUGUGAGAGAUUUAAUUUCUUGUGUAAUAGACGGAAUAUAGUUGGUAUCCAAAAGUGCAGCAAAAACUCAAUGUUGUCAGCUCUUUAGGUGCUGGAAUGUUUGUUUAAUUUCAUAGCUGUUCAGGCUUCCUGAUGAGGAUCAUUUGUACCUGGAGGCUGAGACAAAGGUUUUAAAUUUUUUUUAAUACACUGGAAAUGUAUGCAUGUUAAUAACUGGGUGUUUAUACAAGGAAGAAAUAAUACCUAAUAGAUUUUAAAUUUAAUCUUUCACUAUUGAUGAGAAAGCAGCAGGCAGUAUAAUAGGAGACAUUUUUGAUGCUCUAGCUAUAAACAGACUGCAGGGGGAAAAUUGUUUUAAAUCAGUUUUUUCAUAGACUUCAUGAUUUUUAAAAUACUUUAAGUACUGUCAAGGUUCAGACCUAGUUAAUACCUGUAUGUGCAAUUUACUGUAAAUAUCAAUACAUUUUUGUUCUUGUAUAAUUUUGUUUUAAUUACUAUAUCAGACGGUAGAUACUUUUAAAAUGCAUCUGUAAACAUGACUCCAAAUCAGAUUAACAACCUAAAUAUGGCUUUUGCUGCCUAAAACCUGAGACAAUGAAAAUUGUACACAAAAUUAGGAAUGAUCUAAGGUCAAUGUGUAUACUGCUACUUUGGUAUUAUUGACUUAUUUUAACAAUACUGUACAACAAAUGGAUCAUGGGUAAAAUAAAUUAAAACUAAUCACCUACUCUUUUGCUGUUCUGGGCCUAGCAGUUGGUGGUUGCCAUGUUAGAACAGUAUUAGCCUGUUUAUACAUUCCCAUGCACUGCUGGAAACCCUUUCAAUAACUUUGCUUUGAGUGGAAGCAAAAUGAAUCAAAUCAGUGUAAUGAUUGUAAGAACAGAAAGAUGUCAGUCCCAGAAUCUGCAUUUUUAAAGAAACAAUUUUAUGUACAAUUCACAGCACUGUCCCAAUAUCAGCAUGAAAAUAUCAAAAUGACACACUAUAUCUGCCUCAACCACC